AUGUUAAACGAGGCACUUUUAGAUAUUUUAUUCGCCUAAUUUGAAGAUGUGAAUGAAAUGAAUUAAAGGGAUAAGAGCAGCUUGGAUUUAAAUUUUGCAAUGCGAUACUUCAAGGAUAUUUUAGACUGUGAUGCAUUAAUUGCAGGAUUCAGACCAUAAGGACAAUAUGAGGAAACAAGUGAUGACGAGGAGGAAGAAGAAGAAGCAAGUGAAGUAGAGUAGAAGAGAAUUGGGUAAAGGUAGAAUCUCAGGAUCAAUGAACCCAAUCUAUAGAAUUUUAACUUGUCUUCUGAUACAGAUUAAAAUUAACAUUUGAGAAACUACUCUUAAUUGAGAACAUUUUUACGUUAAAUAGACUUAAGAAAUAGUUUGUCAUCAGGAUAAACCAAUAAUACUCGUUAGUCCCAAAAUGUUAAGUAUCCUGUGUAUGCAUUUUCUGAUUUUUAUUAUGCUGCAAGUGAAGAUGUUAAAAUGAUUUAUGAUAAAGUAAUAAAUGACAUUCUGUACAAAUAUAAGAAGAGUAAAUCCUUUGAUAGCGAUUACUACGACUCUUUGAUGUAGAAUUUUUCUGUUUUGACUGAUCAAUAAAUAAGAGAGCAUUUGCAAUUAAAUAAGGACUCAGAGAUUAUCUUGGACUCCUUCAAGAAAUAGAAGUGUCUGAAGAGUCUCGAGAAAAGACUGUCACUCUAUACUAAGUUAUAGAACGAGAGCAAAGACAAUUACACAAUCCUAUGCCAAGAGGAAAUAGUGGAGAACCCUUAUGGAGUGAUUCAGAGUUUUCACAAUCCUCUCUUAACAUCCAAAUACUUCAAAGAGUUGAAUGAUUUAAUCAACAAAAAACACAAGAAGAUAAAAUUGGAGGAAGGCAUAAAUUACAGAAAGGAAAUUCAAGAGCGGAUGAAAAAUUGUGUAUAAAAUACUACAGAAAAUAACAACAAUGUGUAUCCCUUAGAAGAAAAUCGAGAAUUUUAAUAAUAGAUCUAAAUAGAUUAAGAUCCCAAAAAAAAUCAAAUGGAGUUAGAAGCCUAGAUUAGAUAGAAAGACAGUGAAAAUUUAAAGAGGUUCUUUACAAAUAAAUUUAAAUUAUUUGAGAAUGAACAAUAGGAACUAUUUAAUGCAGAAGUCUAAAAUUAAAAACAACAGAGGAUUCUAAACAAGGAAUCUUUUUUGUAUUAAUGUCCAUAAUAGGAUAUUAAUGCAUUAAAAUGUUAAGGCCAGACUGAUGAACCAGGAAUGGGGUUGAUGUAAAGAAUUCAGUAGUAAUUAGAAGAUGAAAAGAAGUUGAAUGAAUAAUAGAAUUAGUAAAAUCAAUAACCAGAUGAAAGCUUUAAGUAGGCGGAAAUCGAUAAGAAGGAAUAAGAGUUUUAAAAGGCUUUGGACAAUUAUUCGUAUUACAAUAAGGAGAUUGUUGAAUUCUGCAUGGGUCAGAAAGAUAAUUUCUUAUCUAAAUCGUUCGAAGCCUAUAACAGAGUAGAAAUUGAUAUGUAGAAUCGGUAGUUCUUUAGUGAGAAGUUGGAAGUUUUAUUGCACUAAAAGAAGUUCCCAGAAAAAGUUGGGACGCAAUAACAAUUGGCUAAUAGGUUGGCUGCUCCAUCUAUAGUUUCAAGGUAAAAGGAUAAUAGAAGUGCUGUGUCUCAUGUGAAUUUACUGAGUGUGGAAGAUUAGUAAGAGUCUUAUGAUUUGUCAUAGUUUGAGGAUGGAAUAUAAUAACAAUAGGAUUUCAAUUAGCAAUUUGGUAAUGAGGAUGGAGGAAAUAAAGAAUUGCUGAAUUUGAUUGAAUCUAAAAUGAAGGCAUUUCAAACUACACCAUUCUACAAUCAUUCUUAAGUGGCAGAAUCAUUCCUCUUGAAUGACUUUUCUUAGGUUUUAACAAAGCAUGCAAGAUAUCAUAGAAAUAAUAUUGUUGACAAUUUAUAUGAAGAGAAACGAGAAUUUUUAGGAUUGGAAAGAGAACAAGUCAAAUAUUUUGAUCCAUGGACAACAGAAUUGGUUCCAUUAGUAAAUAUCAAGGAACAAAAGAAGGACAAUAGGGAGAUCUUACUUGAAGAAUCAACUGAGAAAUAGAAUAGUCAUGAGUAUUAUAAAUAGGUUGAAAAUCUAUCAUUGUCAAAGGGAAACUUUAUAUUGAUGGAAUACAUUGAGCAAAGACCUUUGUUAUUGAACAAUACUGGAAUGUGUUCUAAAGUGACUAGGUAUGUUUAUCCUAGUAGGGCACUCCUGCAAUUCAAUCAGAAAAGAAUCAAAGAUGAAGGGGAUAACUACAAUAACUUUUAAGAGAAUAGUCUCUAAGGGACAUAUAGAAGUACUUAUGGGUAAAUGGGAUAGAUUUCAAAUGAGGAAAUGACUCUUUGGGAAUUCAAAAAUAUGUUAGUUGAACAAUUAGGCAAUAUUGGUUAAAUUCGAUUUCUGGAUAAGAAUGGAACAAUCCCACUCCAGGGAUAACUGACAGAUGAGCGAUUCAUCGGCAUAGCAGUAAUAGAGAAUGAACUCUACAGAGCUCCGAUCUUCAAACAGAAAUUGCCAGCCACUGAUUUCUUAUUGGUGAGAACCAGAGUUGAUAAUUGUCAUUAUAAAUAUACACUGAGACCUAUAGAUUGUAUUUACUUGGUUGGUUAGAUUGAACCGAAAGUAGAAAUAUUCACUCCUCAUUCGAGACCUUUGGGAACAUUUCUAAAGAAUUGUCUAAAAACUUACAUUAAGAAAUAGUUUAAGAUGGACUAAGAAGUGAAGCAGGAUGAAUUGGAAUAAAUAUUCUAAAAGCAAAGUCAUACCAAUAUCAGAUCUGCCCUGAAAGAAUGUAAGGGGAUCUAGGAUUCAUCAAAUCAAAAAACUUGGAGACAUCAGAGAGGAAGCAACGACGAUAUCCAGGUUCUGAAAUAUGACAUAACUGCUAAUUAGGUGUGUCUGUAUGAAUCCAUGUUGCAUUCAUCUUAUUUGUUAUAAGAGUUUGGGUUGAAGGAACUUAAGAAUAGUGAUAAGAUGAAGAAGACUCUCCAAGAAUAUUUAUCAAGGAACCCUUAAGAUUUUAAUAGUUGGGUUAUUGCUAGGAGGAUUGAAGAUGAACUAAACAUGACUGCGUGGUCCUUAUCUUAGUCAUUUCUGCAUUCAGCUAAUCAAACGGGAAGGAUGUUAUUGUAUGGAAUUGGAGAUCCUACAUCUGGUCAUGGAGGUUUGAAUUACAUAAAGAAACCACUUAAAGCGAGAGGUGAGAAAGGCUAGAAUGCCAUUCAAGAGAAGAAGCCUUAAGUCAUGGGUACUGAAAAUGAUUUACGUAAGUUGCAUGUGGAAGACAUUUAAAAUAUAUCUCGAAAAUUAGGAUUGACAACUGAACCCAACUUAAAGAGGUGGAGAAUGAUCAAUAAGUUAACGGCAUUUCUAUAGUAAUCUUAGAAUCCAGAUGAUAAGGAAAGUAGGGACGCUGUUAUGUUUAGGAAGAAUUUGGAGUUGCUGGAUGAGAAGUAGAGGAAGUAGUUGAAUGUCAUUGAAAAGUAUGCCAAAAAUUAGAGAUAGACAACCAAGAAGUAGAAGGAGCAGUAUCAGAAGGAAUUGGACAAGCAAUUAGCUAAGUUGAUUUAGAAUCUAACAAUCAAAGUGCAGGGGAAGUAUUUUGAGGAUUUUGAAGAAGUAAAGAAGAAGAGAACAAAGAGGGAUUUGGAUAAGGAUGAUAAGAAUAAGGACUUGGAAUACAAUGAUGAGGACAUUAAACCAUUUUUAAUUGUGGAUUAGGAAAAUUAUAAAUUAAGAAUAGAGGCUUUUUAAAAGAAGGAGAAGAAGAUAUGGUUGGAGAAGAAGAAAAAGAAGGGGUUGUAAUGA